CGACAGGACCUCCAAUAUUUUAUCAUUUUACAAAACCACAAAAAAUGGCGAAGGCCAAAUCGGCCAAGGCAGCGGCGGCCCCGUCACCAAGUCCAGACAAGUCGAUCGUCGCGGAGCUAUGGUCGCAAUACAACAAGAACUCGACGCGCAAGAUGAAGCUGAUCGAUGGCUUCCUUGCUUACGUUCUGGCUACAGGGGUGCUUCAGUUCGUGUAUUGCGUGGUGUUCGGCACAUAUCCGUUCAACUCGUUCUUGUCGGGGUUCCUUGCUACCGUCGGGGUGUUUGUGUUUGCCGUGUCGCUGCGAAUGCAAAUCAACCCACUCAAUGUUGACGCUUUUGCCGCAAACCCGCGAACCCCCGAGCGAGCGUUCGCCGACUUUCUCUUUUGCUCGCUUCUCUUGUUCCUUGUCGUCGUCAAUUUUAUGGGCUAACCACCGCUCCCUCCACGGCGUUGGCGCGUGAAUCUUAUUAUAACUCAAUCCCAUGCAACGUGCAUUGCCUGCACUCUACGUUUGCAUUGUCUGUACACGUCUCUUCUAAUUCUCUACGACGACCACAAAUACAUAAUCUCCACCUCCU